GUGGAAAACACGUGCGGAGCGAUUUUAAAUAACCCAGCAGCUGGAUUUUAAAUGAAGCUUUGUCAUUUUUAAACUGCAUUUGUUUGGACGAAGUAUUGAAAAGUAAACAACAGAAUAGUUUUAACAGAUCUUAUUAUGAAUUCCCCUCUUAAAUUUCACUUUAUUUCGCCGUCAGUUAAAGCGGUCCAGGUUCUGUACUGAGGUGAGAGUUUGCCAUUCGGCAGUCACGUUUCGUCCGUGACUGAUAUUUCAUCGCUCUGACAGUUUUGUGUUUCGUCCUGAGAGUUGAAAUAACGAUUGUUAGGUAUGACGUGAAACACAUAUGCCGCUAUAUUUUUUGCUUGCUUGAAUUAAAGAUUUACCGAACGCUUCGGAACGGUUUGAAGGAGCAUUUCCAUUGAUUUGAUGCCGUCUUAUCGCGUAUCGCGAUCUGUCCAACAGAUGCUGGGAAAACAAGCAGAGUCAAAGAAAGGACGUUAAAAGAAAUAAACAGAGAGCAGAUUCAGAAGGGGAAAACGCCGUGAGUAUUCUUUAGCAUUGUUGAAUAUUGUUCAGUCUUAAUUGAUUCAUGUUAUUGUGAGAAGAAAUGUCGAUUUGACACGUGCUCUUUGGCCAUCGUGUUACGUAAUUUAAAUAUGUAUAUUUCACAAUUCGUUAUUGUCGUUUCCCAUAUGGUCUAGUGGUUAGGAUCCGGCGCUCUCACCGCCGUGGCCCGGGUUCGAUUCCCGGUGUGGGAAGAUGGUUUUUUUUUCCUGCUUGUUUUUUUAUUUUUUAUUUUUUUACCGUACUACUGUAUUCUUAUUAACUUCAACAUCCAACUUUUUAAAUUUUUUUUUACAUCGUGACAAUAUAUUUUUUUAAAUAAAUAUAUACUGUUUGCAUGAGAUUUGUAUCGGACUGUCGAUCAUGCUGUUCUAGACAAAAUGUGGACAAAAUGCCUUUAUAAAAUCAUUGUUGUGAUUAGCAAAGUUAAAUCUCUUAUAAUCGUAUAAUAGAAAGGCGUGAGCAUGGACGAUGAGUUGAAAAUCAUCGUGGACGAGUUAAAAUAGCCUAAAUUACCCUAGCUCCAGAGCUCCGUUCUCGAAAUACUUAGAAAUUAGGAAAGAAAAAGAAAAAAAAGGAAACCUCUGGUAUCCAGGGUAGAGUAAAGUUGGUAGUUGUAUACCAUUUACAAAUAGUUUCCGGAAAAUCCGAUGGAAGAGUAAAUGGAACACGACUUUACGACCUUUUGGAUCGUUCCAACUAGUUUCAGUCCUUCACGGCCGAUCCUCCUUUGUCGAAGGAAACUGAUUCGAAUUUACCAGUCCUGAAUUUUGAGCAUAUUUGUCCAAAACGUGGACUGACCUGUUUGUCGAUAUGUACACACAGGUAGCCCAAGCUCGAGAUAUGAGCAUCGGCGAGCAUCGGCAUUGUUACGUAACAUUCAAAAUACAAGGAUUUGUAUGGGAAAAAACCUGUUGUUUCUCUAACCUACGAAAAUGAAAGGAUUUCAAUAAAAAAACAGGUUACCUUACUUAAAAUGUGUGUUACAACCCUCCUGUGUGGUCCACGGGCCGAUUUAUGGCCGUUUUAUUGGUUUUUGUGGUAAACCUUUAUACAGAGAGAAAACCGUUCACAUAAAAACCCAUAAAACGGCCAUAAAUCUGCCCGUGGACCCCACAGGAGAGACGUAACACACAUUUUAAGUAAGGUAAGCUGUUUUUUAUUGAAAUCCUUUCAUUUUCGUAGGUUAGAGAAACGAUAGGUUUUUUUCCCAUACAAAUCCUUAUAUUUUGAAUGUUACGCAACAAUGCCUAUGCUCGCCGAUGCUCAUAUUUCGAGCUUGGGCUACCCGUGACGUUCAUGGUAAACAACCGAUGAUUAUCAAGGUAGUAGACAACAGAGCUAGCGUCGGACAGAGACAAAAAUAUGAGCAUCACGCGAUAAACACGCAAACCCAUGACAUCCACUUGCACGUAUACCACAUUAAUAAUGACAUCAGCCGCAAUGGCAUGCAUUCCCCAAAAUGCUGAUGAAGAAGUUUAGUUUAAAGGGGCUGUGUCACGGCAGUCCAGUUCAUUUUGUUUAAUUUUGCCAAUUACUCGCCCUAAACCGCUAUGGAACUUAAAGUAAGCAAAAAAUUACAUGUAAAUGACAAAAUCAGAGACCCGAGACAAACAAAUAUGUCUCCUGAGCAUUAUUGUUGAAGUUGCAAGCAGCAGCAAUCAACUUUGAAAAACUGUUAGGCUGAACAGUUUUCAAAAAUCCUAAUUUCAAUCCGUUUCAAUCUUCUUCAGUUUUGCCCAUCCGUGACAUUUGUUGUUUCUGUUAUGUUAUUUUAACCUUCCUUUAACGUUUUAAGCGGUUAUUUUUAUGUUUCUCUUAAUUUAAUGAGCACUUUGUAAUUUCCUAAUUUGGCUGAAUUUCGUGACAUUGAAAUGAAGAAGGUGUAAAAAUGUACACACGUCGCUCGCAAAUGAUAAAGUAAAGAGAAACAAUGAAAAAAAGUGAGGUAAAGGAGUUAGGUUUUGAGCCACCUGGCGUUCGGAGUAAAAUGUUGUUGUGCCCGAGGGUCUUUCUUGGCGGCUCGAAGCGGGAGCGACGAAACCGAGAGGGAUUUUUUGCAAGCGGCGAAUCCCCCAGGGAUUUCAAUUUGACUUGCUCUAAAUCUUCACGCGGCUCCGCCGCCGAAAAAACUACAGGAAUCGCCUGCUAAUCCCGCCAGCUACGCAGGCUAAGUAAAAUGUUUCAGUCUUUUUCCCUCGCAUACAGACGUGAGGGAUUAUGGAAGUAAAAGACGUCUAACAGAAGGCUAGCACAUGACCAGACUAAUCGUUGUCCCGGGAAGGGUUUGCGAUUGGCUUAGUUUGGAUUUUAUCUCCGGGAAUUAAUUUGUGCGAUUCCAAGCAAGUGCAUUCAAGAUUAUUAUAUAACCCUGUUAGAUGAAGACGUCGUUGUAAGUACCUCUGUAUUGCUCUUACAAAGGGUCUGUUCAUCUUGCCUGUGAGCUGCGAGAGAACGUGCGAGCGAGGGCCCCUCGCACUCGCGUCUUCUUUCGCGUGUCUUCUCGUGACUCUCCCUAAAUGGAGAGCUUGCUCGCAGGGUAAAGUUCAUCCUAACAACCGACUUAAACGCUGUGUAAGGAGAGAUUUCCCAUGUAUUCUUUAUUUGCCUCGAAUUAAUAUCAAGCUUUUAAAUAUUCCCCUUGAAGUUGUUUUAGCCGUAAUUUACAUUGAAUUUACAUUGAGAUGUUUUAGUUCUUUUAAAUUAUACACAUUUCACUUCAAUGUUGACUUUUUUAAAGGAUAAUUAGUUUCUGAGUAAUUAUACAGCUUAGUCACUGAACACUGGUCACUGAAAAGGUGGGUCUAGGUCUUUCGCCUGUUCAAAUACCAACCGUUCGUAGUUUUUAUUUUGUAAUUUUAAGGAAUCCUGAACAAAGGAAACUUGAAUUCUUUUGCACAGCUUUACUGCCGAAUCCUUGUAGUUUCCAAAAUUCAUUUCAUUGACUGACAUUUAAUUUUGAGUCAUUUAGUUUAGCAUAUAAACUUUCAAGCUGAAUUCAUCCAGAUUUGUUUUCAGUUUUCAGCUGAUUUUAUUCAGCCUUCUUUCCAUUUGUUUUGUAAUGUUAUAAGAUCGGUUAGUAUAAAUAGAGCAGUGUUAUCGUAUCCCUGUUUUUUGAUUUACAUUGCGGAUUUUCAUGGAUGAUUUACACUUUAAAUUGGAUCAGGGGCACCCAACGUCAAUUUUCGGAAAAUAUCUGUUCGGAAGACGAUUUGAGAUCUAGAAUUUUUGGAACAUUUGUUCUAAAAUUUAUUUCUAGCCUGCCUCUCCUAGGAUUUUCGAACAUCUAAAACUGUAUAAUUCAGUGCCCAUUUUUAACGGAUUUUUACCCUAAAAAGGUCACCCAGAAUUUUCGGGAGCCUUUUUUUCUGGCUGAAAUUUUCGAAAAGGUAAGUUUUGAUCUCUAUAAUUUUUGGAUCACUAGACUCCGAACAGAUGAAAAAUUUUUAGGGGAUAAAAAUAUGCCUAUAAUACGUUUAACAAUGCCAUGUUUAAGUGGUUUUGAACUAUAUUCUCGUUGGGUAUCCCUGUUUGGAUGCACAUGCCUGUAUGAUUUACGUUCAAGAGCCGAAGAUUAAACUGUUGAAGUCCAAGUUUGAGUGCUGUCCUGUUUUCCGGUUGUAGUAGAUCCUAGUACCGUGGAACAGUGACGAGUUCCAGUCUUGCUAGCCAAGCGAGUUGUAGAGUUAGUUUUUCCCCUUGUUGUUCAUAAGCCGAAGUCGCUCGAAUUCUCUUAACGCUUAUUUCCCAGAUUUGUGCUUGGAAGGUCAAAACCUAUCGUCACACCUUUUAGUCCAAAGAUUGAUCAACAUAAAUUUUGUCCCAAAAAAAUCAAUACAUAAUCAAGAAGAAAGGUAGCGAGAAUAAAUAAAGAGAUUACCGUGUCGCACGAAAUUUUUGCGAGCUAAUGUUUGCGAUUUUUCCAGCGAUUCGCAAAAAUAACCGCAAAUAAACAUUUUUCCCGCCAAAAUUUACUCCAGAGUAAAUAUAGAUCGUUUUCACCGUCACGCAACAAAAAAAUAAACUGGAAACCGUCCAGUGGACGAAGCCAAGCAAAUGAAGUGUUAUAAAAGACUAAUUUUUAAACAAUUUGUCCAAGUCUGGGGUCUCUGUGGCCCACAGUUUCUGAGUUAUUUGCCGUCACGUGUCACGCACCUUUGUAGAGGUUUGUAUGGAGACGCCAUAUUGGUGCACCGUUUUGGUGCACCAAUAUGGCCGCCGGAAAUCAACAAAAACAUCUGGAGUUGACUUUUCCUAUAAAAGCUCUUUCUUUUCACUCGAGAACUAGGAUACGUGCGCAUAAUCAUAUCUUCUAAUACUUGAAAUGGUUAUAGUGCUGAAAAUCAAGAGGAGAGACUUUUUUUCAACUAGACAGCAUUCCUAUUUUGGUGUCACGCACUGUGAAAACUAGGAAGUUCAAAUUGCUGUAUUUUCAGUUAGUCGAGUCGAGGCUUUGCAGGACUGAGGGGAAUGCACAUAUUUUAAUAUGCUCACUCUCCCGACAAACGUGAAGGCUGCUUGCAGUCUAAUCUAGAUAAUAGAGAGAUUAAGAAUCGCGUUGACGGCAAACGGCAAACGUGAGAUUCAAAUUGAGGAACUUUCAAAAUGAGAAAUGAGCAGUUAAAAACAGCUUAAAACAGUUGUUAUGGAGAGAAAUGGCGUGAAUCUACCGCUUUUCGUGUAGUUAUAAUGGACAGUAAACGAUAAGUAAAUGGAAAACUUGGUCACGUGGUACAAAUUCAUGCUUGCCGCAAACGCGAUUUUAAUCUCUCUAAUGUAACUGACACCAUCCGCUUCCCUUGUCGGUAAUACAGGGGUAGGUGUACAGUUACCGAGUUUACAGGGAUAGGUGUACAGUUACAGAGUCCACAGACGAAAACUCGUUUUCCUUUGAAAAACUAAAAAUUUGUAAUAUUUUGUUGUUCGCAGGGCUAGCGUGUGUACUUCUCCGAAUGACCAAAAUUUCCUGGUGUAUGUCGAAACAUCAGCCGAAGCUAACCUCGGCGGAAUGUCUUUCGCGAGGUAGCUGAGGGCUAUGGAUCCAGAGUGCAGUGAAGGGAUUACUUCUUCUUUGUUUUUUAAGAGUACUGACCAAUACGAAGGAGACCGCGCUAUGUGUAUAGAGAAACGAGAGCUUAAUGCAAGAGAAAAAACACCUCAGCGUGAAUCUACCCUGGGACAGUGUCCCGCAAAGCGUCGCUCUACUGACAAUCAAGAAGAGGUGGCAACGCCCAAACGUAUCAAACAAGAAAUAGAUGAUUCUGGUUUGUAUAAAGAAAACCUGCAAAAAAUCGUUUGUGAAGUCGCUGAUUCGCUUGAGCUUGAAAGUGAUAGUUCCGAUAUCUCUAACUCGAAUAAUGAGAAGCAAAACUUUGAGAAAGCAAAUGACAGGCCACUAGAUCAACAUGAUGUCAUAGUUGUGCUUGACGAUGAAGACGAGGACGAAUUGAUCGCCGAGAAUACGAAAGAAACUAGCGAACCUUUUCCUCAUCCAAGUGAUAAGAGGCGAGAAAUAAUGGCUGUUUACUCUGCUAUGAACCAAGUUAAUUAUGAAGCCAAAAGGCCAAUUCUAAGAACGCUUAAAGAUUCAGACUCUAGAGGAAGUAACGGUUUUGCGUUUGAUCACAAUUUCUUUCCUAAAUUGAUCGAGGUGCACUCUGCAUCGUCGUCAUCAACUGCUACGACAUCAGUUUCGACACAACAAGAAUCUCCUUGUGACUUGCCACAAAUAAGUGAGUUUUAUUCGCCAUUUGAGAAACAGGACGAGGACAUAACCGGUAGCGGCCCAGUCGAGAUAAAUAAGAUUAGUCGCUCAGAUACUAGCGCAGCCUCGUCGCGUAUAGAUUCAAAGCUACUGGACACUCGUCUUGACUCGCCCUUGCGAAAACAGCAUGAUCUUCUGUUUACGUUCAGACAAAAAGAUGGUCAAAGUGAUAUGUUUCUAGUAGUAGAUGGGGAAGUGUUUUCAGUGCGGCGUUACGAGCAUAAAGGAGAGUCGUACCUGAUCCACACGAACAGCAGUGGUAAGACUUCGAUUUUAGCCAGACUCCCAGAAAAGGUGGAGGCAGGGUCCCAGGAAGAAGCAGCAGUCACCAGUCAAAGUGUUUUAAGUGAACAAAGGGAUAUCACAAGAAAUGGUUUACCGAGUGCUUUAGAGCAACCAGGAAACACUUUUUUGCAGCGCGGGUUGGCCUUAAAGCAUUCUAGAACGUCACCUGUUACCAUUACACCAGUUCUGGUCAGAAAGCACCUGUCUGCAAAUUCUGUUAGGCAACGAAGUUUUCAAAGAAUUCCUAGAGUUACACUAGAGCGGGAAUGUACCUCAAAGCAUGAUAUAUGUGAACUACCAUCAGUAAGAGUUACACGAAAUGACACUUCAAACUUAGGGAAAGGACAACAAUCACAAGCAGCCGAACGAAGGCAAAGAGACGUAGGUGCAAACGUAGCAGAGAUGGUAACUCCAUAUCAGCGGCGUUUUCACCCAAUGUCAGGCGUGAUAUCGCAGCCGGUUAGACUUUCCGUAAAUGCUAGUGACUCAAUCCAGCCUUCCACUGCUUUUCAUAACAACGUUUUCUCAACUCAGAGGGAUCCACUUUCCUCAUCCAGUCGCUCGAGAGAUCAUCAGUUGGUUUUUAAGCGAAAACAAGUGGGUAUGGUUGAGAGGAAUUUGCCAAGUGAACAGCCGAUUGCAGUUACCACAGCGCAGAGAAGAUACAGCAAUGACAUGGCCAGCGACAGAGCCUCCCAAGGUUACACAUACAAAGUAACUAACGAUGAAAGCAGUGACAAGAGAUAUCAUUAUGUUGCUUUAUCAAGAGAGGACAAGCAAAGGAUCAUAAAUAGGACUAAGUUGAUGAACUACAUUGCUCAGCGACUGGCCUCGGGCAAUGAACAGUCGUCAACUAGUGUCUCAGCAAAUAGAGGAUCUGAGGUUGGUAAUGCGAGGCAUGCACACUAUAGAACGACUGUGAAUGGGUCUGCUUCAGGAAGAGUAAACACUAGUGCUCGUUGUCAAGUAACACCAAAUAUUUAUCAGACAGACACUUGCUCAACAGCGGAUGAUAAUGAAAGACAUCACAGUGGUAGUAGAAAUGUGCCUUCUUUAGUGCGAACAAUGGGAAUCCACAAUGCCGGUCAGCGGAUUCCUGCGUAUCAACUGGAAAGUAAAAACAGUGGGUUGAUUAACACGCAACCUCGUCCUGACGCACAAGGUCGCGUGACAAAUCCAAAGUACGGUGGAUUACGGAUGAAUGAUGGAGCUCGUUCAAGCAAUGGAAUAUUGGAAACCUUUGAUUCUUGGCAGGGACGACCUCAACGACACAUUUCUUUAAUAAACGAUCCUUCGCAAGUAAACAAAGUAUUGACUGGUAUUACUGUUGGUGUUCCAGGCAUACCAACUCCAAAUACCACCGCUUCCACCGUGAACUCUUCGACACAAAACGUUUCGCGAUCAGCGCCUGUCAUUUCACAAGUUUCCUACGGUGUGAUAAACCGAUCCAUGGUUGGUGAAAAUGUCACUCCAAAACAAUCUGCAACUGCAUUGGUCAUUGAUCCGGAGCGCUCCAUUUACGUCGAUGCGACUGAUUCGGUUAUAGAUGAAGAGCGUUUUUCACGUAUUCUUGGUCAUAGAUUGUCUAGGCCGACUGUGAGGCAAACCAUGAACGCCAGCACAGUUAAUCAAUCUCAUUCGAGUGAUCUGUCGGAUACUCACACUAAGUCUUCCUCUAGUUUUCAAAGUUCUAUGGGUCAGAUGCCUGACCAAAGUUCUUUCGCAACUCCAAAACUUGACAAAAGCUGUGUUGCGCAGAACACACUAAAACAAAGCACUUUCUCAACUCCAAAAAUUGACAAACGGUGUGUUGCUCACAACACACUUGACCGAAGCACUUUCUCAACUCCAAAGAUUGACAAUCGGAACCAAAGCACUUUCUCGACUCCAAAAAUUGACAAACGCUGUGUCGCCCACAACACACUAAAAGAUAUAUUUCCAACAACAAACCCACCCAGUAAGAGAACUGGUGUACUUACACAAAUGAGUGGUCAACAGAAUUCCAGUUAUUCUUCACGAGAAAACAACUUGGAUACAGAUGACGUUGUUGAGAUAAUGAUAAACACAUCUGCGAGACAGGGUUCUCAAACUCAGCCGACAAAGGUUCCUGUAGACACCCAUUGUCAGCCGAGACACGCAGCUAAAAAUCUGUCCCAGAGUGCAACAAAUGAUUCUAAGCCGGGUGUUUAUGAUGAUGAUGAUGAUAUCGUUGAGAUUAUAUAUGAAACCCCGAAAAAAGUGCCUAAUGAAAACGCGGCUGAAAGGACUGGUGAUUCUGAAGUUGUCAGUAAAGAAAGGUCCAAGUCUUGUCCGCAGAUUUGCACUGCUCCGAGCGACAGUGUUGAAAUAGCCAAUCCAACUUCAAAUCAGCGUUCUCACCCCCCAAAAGCAAUUAUUCUGGAGGAAGAAGAAGAUAAAGGAAAGCAGAUCCCCCAGCUACAGGGGUACACAAGUGACUCGGCACUGAAAAGACUCUUACAAUCUUACCCAAACGGGCCGAACAGAGCAGAUACCCCAGAAUAUAAGGACAAAGGUCUUGAUGAAAUGGCCGAAGAAACAAAUCCAAACCUGAAACAAGAUUCGGAUUCUAGUCAAACAGACUGCUGUGAAAUUGCGGAUAAAGAAAAAGAUCAUCUGGAACUAUACAUGUAUAACAAAGCCGAGCUGAAAAACAUACAGCAGCGAGAUGAACUGUUGAAGAAAAUCAAAAAUACCGAAGAAAGAGUGGCACAAGAAACUAUUGAAUGGAAGAAGAAAUAUCUUCACAGAUUGGAAGUCCAACUAAAGAAAAAGCUGGCGAAACUUCCCAGCGUAACUGAAUUUGCGCUGGGUAAAAAUGAUGACGAAUCAGAGGAAGACAUAACAUGA